UAUUACAGCAAAGCUUAUCUCUCAAAGCUCAGUGUAAUCUUCUCCUUUUCCUGCUCUUCGCCUUUCCCAACAGGACAUUGGUUUUAUGCAUGAACAAGUCGAGGAUUGCCAAAAGUGAAAUGGGUAAUUGCUGGUUCGGAGGAAAAAAAAGGGAGUAAAAAUUUUGGUUAAAAGGCCUGAUUUUUGUUUAAUCUUGGUUGACAUAGGAAAGAAAAUGUACUUUCGGUUGGUCUUUUGAGAGGGGAUUUGGUAUAUUAGGCUUUUAGCUAUGUUAGUUUAUCAAUUCCAGGUUCAGGUUGGGUUAUCAAUGUCGGGUUCGGGUUUGAAGAACCAUGAAUGAGAGGGGAGUUUAGGGUCUGCCCUGUGCAUGCAUGCAUUUAUUCUUGAAAUAAAAUGUAUCUGAUAAUUUCAUUUCUCUAAGAGAAGUAGAAAGAUUUUUACUUAUGUUCCAUGUUGCGUAUAUGGGAAAAGAUGUGUCCGGAUGAUUUGGACUGAUGAGAGUUGAUAUGAAUGGUCGGGUCUAAUUCCAGGCUCUAAUUUUUGGAGCUCACUGGUAAACUUCAGGCGUGCCGUGUGCGGUUGUUGGGGUGGGUUUCAGGUGGACUUUAAGAAUGAUAUAGUUUUCAUGGAGUUUUUUGUUUCGAGAUUCAGACAAACGUGGGUUAAGUAAAGGUGGGUUACAUGGGAAUUCAUAAAAUGGGGUCUCAAGGCGAUGGUGGUAGUAAUGGCAAACAGUUACAAUGUCAGCAGUUAACACGGCAAAGUUCAAUGUAUAGUCUCACGUUGGAUGAGGUUCAAAAUCAGUUGGCUGACUUGGGAAAACCUCUGAACAGCAUGAACCUGGAUGAGCUUCUCAAGAGUGUAUGGAUUUUGGAGGGUAACCAGACUUUUGGUAUGGACACCGAAGGAACAGUAGUGACCAAUCAAACUUCUCUGCAGCGUCAGGCAAGUUUGUCGUUAUCAAGUGCUUUGAGCAAGAAGACGGUUGAUGAGGUUUGGAAAGAUAUUCAACAAAGUAAAAUUGACGGGGAAAGGAAAUCUAGAGAAAGGCAGCCUACCCUUGGAGAAAUGACAUUGGAGGAUUUUCUCAUGAAGGCUGGAGUUGUUACUGAAGCAUCUACUGAUGAAAAUGUUGGUGCUCCAAUUGCUGAGGUCGAUCCAAGUGUUGCACCACAGUUUGCACAACACAGUCAGUGGAUGCAGUACCCGCAACAACCCCAAUAUCAUCAUCCACAACAAAGUAUAAUGGGGGUUUAUAUGUCGGCCCAGCCUAUGCCACAGCCAUUAGCCUCAGUGACUCCUGGUGUAAUGGAUGUCUCUUACACGGAGAACCAGGUGGCAUUGCCUUCGCCUUUGAUGGGAACAUUAUCAGAUACUCAGACAUCUGGGAGGAAAAGAGGUACUCCUGAGGAUAUAGUUGAAAAAACUGUUGAAAGGAGACAGAAGAGGAUGAUAAAGAACAGGGAAUCUGCGGCGCGUUCACGAGCAAGGAAGCAGGCUUAUACUGAUGAACUGGAGAACAAAGUUUCACGACUUGAAGAGGAAAACGAAAGGCUGAGGAAGCAGAAGGAGCUGGAUAAGAUGUUGCCGUCUGCACCACCACCGGAGCCAAAAUAUCAGCUUCGUAGAACGUCAUCAGCCCUAUUCUAACAAUUUCCGUGACGGAUACUAUGGAAGUUUUGCGUAUACAAACCAGCUUGUGGCUUCUGUUUCUAGUUUCAAUCGAGGCAUAAGAUAAAAAAAACAAGUGAGCACCACAAUUUGAUGGUUGCUUCGAACUUGUAAGUUUUUUUUUCUUCCCCAUGUAUCUAACUUGUUUUUACUGUGAAAUCAAUUCAAACUAUAAAUCUUCAUGCUA